UUUACAUGGUUGUGUCUUCCUCCAGUUUCCUAUAAGCGAUCAGUCUUUAACCUGUGUGGCACUUAAGCCUCUAUGCUAACCAAUCAAUCGGGCCAAAAAUAACACUGUAAAUGUUUUAUAAUAGUUCUGAUUCUAGGAAAACAUAUCAAUAAUAAUGCCUUGGUCCAGAGUCUCUGAGUGCAAUUCAGAUCCAUUUAGCUGUGAAGUGAUAUUUACCAGGGUUUUUUUUACAUCUCCAUGGAGACCUGAACAUGAAGUGUGUCUGUGACAAAUCAACAUCUGUCCAUUGUAUCACUUACCGCAGUCCGCAGGAAGGAGAGACACAUUUACCUGUCUGUCUAUCUGUUGUGGACACACAAACACAUGCUCAGAGAUGGAACUUCUGAUGGAGGGAAGGUCUGAGCGUUUUUUCCUAGCAGCAGAAGACCUCUUUUUAUCUUUGCUGUGCACGUUUGGCAAUUGGUACAAUAGAUCGGGUCGAGCAGAGUUUAAUGGACAUUUUUUAAAUUUUUCGAACUCCUCUGAAAACCAAGUAGAGAUGUUUGCACACGAGUGGCAUGGGUUUCUCCCUCCCUACCACACAAGGGUACUCCAAGUGUGCCCCAUUUUGGCUUUCCUGGCCAUGCUGCUAACCACUCCUGUUCUUCUUGUACGAAUAAUGUCCCGUGUUGACCUGCGGCAACAGACGCGUUACCUUCUCCUGGCUAACGUUCUCUUCAGCGACCUGCUCUUUGUUUGCUUGAACAUCCUGAGUGCAUGCAUCAAUUCAGCUGGAGUUUUGAUGACAGAGUGGCCCUGUGCCAUGCUGCUGUUCCUAUUGGGAGUCUUAUACAGCUCUGGAGUACUAAGUGUAACUGCAAUGGUGCUGGAUACCUGCUUUGCAGUGUUAGCACCUCUUCGCUACCUGGCGCUGUGGCCUGUGUCCCGAACCUAUGGAGCAAUUGCUGCCAUCUGGGUCGUCUCAGUCUUUUUCCCUGCAGCAUCUAUUGGCAUCUUUGUGUGGUACCAUAGUACAGGCCCUUGUGCACUCCACAUCUGCUCAAUGCCUUUAUUGAUGGUUUUAACAGUGAGCCACUUUCGCCCACUGCAUGUCUCCAUGUUGCUGACUGUCACUGGUAUCAUUGUCAUCCUUCUCCUGGUGUUUUCUGGUUAUAUCAUCCUCUACUGUUGUACCCGGAAUUCAGGCGUGUGGAAGGGCAAAGCCUCAUCCCGUGCCAGAGGAACAUUUCUUAUUCAUUAUCUCCACCUUUUCCUGUCUUUUUGUCCUAUGCUGAUUUUAGUUAUAGAACUGAUGCUUUACAGCCAACAGAGUAAGACUCUGGACCUCAGAGCCAACCUGUGGGUGUCCCUGGUGGUGUGCCAUGUCUUACUAAUCUUGCCCAAAGGCUUAGCACCUUACCUGUAUGGGCUCCGUUACAGAGAACUAUGCGGAGUGCUGUUCCAGUUCUUUAGGUUGAGGAGGCCAGCAACCAUCACACCUGUGAUGUAA